UUUUUUGCUUUUGGCCGCGGAACUGACAAAUGUCAAAUACGAAUAGACCGUCGUGGAAUUAAGACGCGCCUAACGCCAAUCGGACUUUUAAAAUGACGCAAAGUGCCAUCAAAUUAGCCCCUCUCUUGGGGGCUCUAGUUCUUGUAUUAUUCCUAGUUAAACAAGUGCAGUGCGAUAAGAACGAUCCGCGGCAAGCGCGCAUAAUGCAGUUUCUCAGUGAGCCCCAGCCGCAUUUCAACCACAACCGGCCACCAGGUCCCGGACUACUGCCCCGGAUAAGGUCGCGAUCGGAUAGCCUGCCCCUUCUUUCGAGCAACCUCAAUCCCAACAAGUUCCUGAGAUCUCAGCAGCCCGCAACCGUUCAGCACAUUAUGCGUCGCGAGCAGUUCGGCAACUUUCCUCCAAACGAUCAGCUCAGGCGGUACCAAUUCGACCAGAAUCAGCCAGGAAGGUUUGCCCACGUGAAGGAUGCACCAGUUCUCGAUGUGGGGAAAAACCAGUUUCCACCGCAAUAUCUCUCGGAGCAGUACAUCCAAAACUUCAAGUCCUCGCCGCGCUUUAAUGGCAAUGUGAUAAUGAAGGACCAGAAACCAGUGUAUGCCCCCAUCCAACAACACGCGAUUCCUGUCCAGGCCUCCCAGUAUCUGCAUUAUCCCAAGCUCUUUGGACAGCAGGGUGCCGGUUUCAGUGUGGUGCCCUCGCAGCAGACUGCCCUCCAAAACAGCCAGUACCCCCAGGAUCCGAAUAGCUACUCGGUCUACGAGGAGUCUGACAAUCAGCCGAAACCAGGAAUUAAUCAGGGGCCUAGCUAUCGCCAGGCAGUGCCUCCCGCAAAGGAGUCGAAGGAGGCGCAGGACUACUUGCACUUUAUGAGCACAAACGAAUACUUCCUGCCCAAGAGAGACCCCGACUACAAGAAGUUGGAUGCCCAGCGUGAUCAGCAGACUCAGGUUCACCAAUAUCCACAGCAACACAAUCAGCAACUACAGCAACAACAGACGACGCAGCAACAUCAGAUGCUGCAACACCAGCAACCGCAGCAGCAGCAUCAACCGCUGAAGCAACAUCUUCCCUAUAAGACUGCUGGCCUAGACAACUCGGUCUCCUCCAGUUACAAUGAACCCAUACAAGUCUCCGACUUGUUCUACCAGCAAGAUCCCGCUCCUGCGAAUUCCGCUGUAGUCCGCGGCAGUUAUCAAGCUGGUCAGGAUGUUUUUGUGGUAAAGUCCGAUGGCAACAAGGCGGUGAAGCAUGUGGUCUCCACUCCCAUGUCGGUCCAAACUACCACUCAAACCCCGCCAAAGAGCCAUCAACUCGCCAAGAGCCACAAGAGCUUCACACCAGAACCCCUCCGAUUUGAGUUCACCGAACAGGACGCGAUCAGGGGAAGUAUGAAGUACACCCAAUCCCCGCAGGCCAAUCAGUACUACUACGAAACUGUGGCCCAAGCAGUCCGUGAACCCGUCAAGUCUGCUGCCCCGAUCUUGGAACUCAGCAAGCCCAUCAAGGAAUACAGUGACGAUCCUGAAGACAGUUCAGAUACCGAAACUGGAAAACAGCAAGAGGAUCAGAAGGUGCCAACUGGGACCAAUUCUGCAACUCUAGAUAGCCCAAAGGACAACGAAAGUUACUGUGAGAAGGUCUGCGCUAAUGUAUAUGAUGAGAAUGAUGAAAUCAUUUGUGGAUCCGAUGGAUACAUGUACACGGGAGAAACUCAGUUGCAGUGUUAUUCCACCUGCCUUAAUAUAAGUGUGACGAUUAAAAGUAAAGGAUCAUGCUCAUAAAAAAGAGUUAAAUAAAAAACUAUUUAUUUUAAUUUAAUUUAUUCUAGCGAUUAUGCCAAUGUAUUUGGAAACCGAUUAAUUAUAACUAUUCAUUGUGCACGAAUUUUGUUACUGGCAAAGGUAGGGUCUUUGUAAAAAGUGAUUAAAUUUGUAUGGUAAUGUAUACAAGCACCGUGCCCUUAUAGAUUUCCUAUUUAAUUAAAUUUUAAAAUGUUAAGGUGAUCUUAUCAAAUCAUUUUCAAUCGAUUAUUACUCUGCUUGUGCAAUUA